ACCCAUACCCAUAAAUAAGCAAUGUUGCAAUGGCAUUAAUUUUAGUGGAAUCGACGCCCAUCAUCAAAGUGCAGUGAAGCAUGGGGUCAUUUUGUCCUUGUGCGCCACGUUCCGUUGCAGAUGGGCAACUGCGAUAGGAUCGUCGAUGGGGACUGAAUUCUGAUGGCGGAUUGAGGUCAAACGACGAUGGGCUACCAUAUUGACAGGGUGCUGCAGUUUCACCUGCGCUUUUAUCAGCUGCUUGGACUGCACGGGCUGCCGCUGCCCGGCGACGUGCAUCCGAGCCGGAAGGCGAAGCUAUUGCAACUCUGGGCCGGCUGCCUGCUGACAGGAUUUAGUACAAUUGUAUUCGUGUGCGUGACGAGCGACGAUGCCUAUCUUUACAAUGGCGACGCCUUUAGCUGCUUCAACGACGGCAUGAAGUACGGAUUUGCCGAAAUGGCCGUAAUGAGUAUCUACGGGGAGUCACUGCCCUGACAUCGGGUCCAUCUGGCGCGCUUCUGGCAACUGUAUGGAUCGCGAACGCCGCCAGCUGGCACGCUGCGGCAGCAGCUGGUGCAGCAUCGGCGCUACCUCAUCUUGUUGUACGGCCCACUAUUGUUGGAGCUGGUGCUGCUGAGCCUGUUCGUUGCCGCACAGGAUAUCUCCCAUCACAUUCUGCUCUUUUGGAGCACCUUUCAGCCGUUUGUGUUUGUGGUGCAUCUGCGCAACACGCAGUUUUUGCUGCACCUGGAGCUGAUGCGCCAACAGCUGGUGCAAUUGGAAUGCGAGCUGGGGCUGCUAGUCGAGUACUCGACCUUUGCCAGCGGUGCAGCCAGCUUCACUGGAUUCGAAGACUACCUAAGGCGGCGAAUGCGCGAGAAGCAGCUAAUGUACGAGCGCAUCUACGAGCUGUGCGUCAGCUUUAGCAGGGCCUUCAGCUAUUCCGUGCUCGCCGUGCUGCUCAUGAUCUAUAUACGCAUCACAGUUGAUUGUUAUUUCUUGUACUACACCAUCUACAUGAACAUCGACAAUAUUGACUAUUAUAUGCUGGUGCCCGCUGUCAUGCAGAUACCCGCCUUCGUCUACGCCUCACAGAGCUGCAUGCAAAUGGUGCCCCGGAUCGCCUACCAGCUCCACAAUAUUCUGACCACCUCCUCGGCACUUUCCCUUCAGGUGCGCAACUAGUGCAAGUAUUGGAGAUCGCAUCUCAAUUGUCAUUUGCUCUUACAGAUCCAAAACUUUUCGCUACAAAUUCUACACGAACCUGUGCGCAUUGAUUGUCUGGGCAUAAUUGUUUUGGACUGUCAUCUGCUAACACGGAUUGCGUGCGCCGUUUGCACUUAUAUGAUCUUUACCGUACAACUGAUGCCCAAGUUGAGUGGAUCCUAUAUAUAGUCAGGCGAUUAAAGAAUAGGAGUAGAGCAAGAGUGGCAUUGUCCAAUGUAUGUUAUAUUAAAGCUUUAUGUAUGUAUAGUAUAUUCAAUAAAAUUAU